AUGGAGACUAAUGAAGCUUUCAUCGAUACUCAUAUCAAUGCUACUGUCAUUGAUUCUAAUCGAUCUAAGGAUCAGCUUGGUAUUGAUUACCACCAUACUCUGUAUCUUCAUGUUUUCGAUGCUCCUAGCUCAAUGUCAAUUGGUAUACCACUUGUUGGGAUGGAGAACUACUCAAUCUGGCGUGAAGCUAUGCAACUCUCAUUGUUGACUCGUAACAAACUUGGUUUUGUAGAUGGAUCUAUUAACAGAGGUACUUAUGGACCUGCGUAUGAAUUGCUGUGGGAUCAUUGUAAUGCGAUUGUUAAGUCAUGGAUUAUGCACAAUGUGAGUCGAGAUCUGAUUAAUGGAGUGCUUUUUCGAUCUAGUGCUCAUAUGAUAUGGGAGGAUUUACGUGAACGAUUUAAUAGAGUUACAGCAUCACGAAUGUUCUCGUUGCACAAGUCAAUUUUCUCUUCAGUACAGGGUACUUCAUCAGUUUCUACAUACUAUUCCAAAUUGAAGGAUCUUUGGGAUGAGUAUGAUUCGUUGAUGCCUCCACCCUGUUGCGACUGCACUAAGUCUAAAGAGGUAUGCAACACAUCUUCAGUAUCAAAGGUUGUUGCAGUUCCUUAUGGGACUCAAUGA